AUGGUAAAGGAGACGAAGUACUACGAUGUGCUGGGGGUGCCGCCGACGGCAAGCGAGAGCGAGCUGAAGCGUGCCUACCGGAAGCUGGCGCUCAAGUACCAUCCGGACAAGAAUCCGAAUGAGGGCGAACGAUUCAAGGCAAUCUCGCAGGCGUAUGAGAUUCUGUCGGAUCCCAAGAAGCGACAGUUGUACGAUGAGGGCGGCGAGGAGGGCCUCAGUGGCGGUGGCGGCGGCAAUUUCCACAACCCAAUGGAUAUAUUCGACAUGUUUUUCAGCGGAGGUCGAAGGGAACGGAAAGUGCGCGAUAUGAUUCAUCAGUUACCGGUGACACUGGAGCAGCUCUACAACGGGGCGGUGAAGAAGCUGAAGGUCACACGCCAUAUCGUAUGUCCAAAAUGUGAGGGUAUUGGUGGAACGAAG